AUGGAACAAAUAUCAAGAGCAUUAUUAGUCUUGUUAGCUGCAGUUUUAUGUGUCGCAGUUUUGGUCACUCCAGGAGCAGCUCACGAUCAACCAAAACCUCCACUUACUUUUCCUAUUGACUUAGAGAAAUGUUGGUCAUCUCUCUUUAACGUAAAUGGAUGUGUACUUCAACUCUUUGAGUCUGUUUUCUCUGGUAAGUUUGGAAACGUUGGAUUCGCGUGUUGCAAGGCGUUUUCGACCAUUGAUGCUAACUGUUGGCCUCAUAUGUUCCCAUUGAACCCGUUCUUCCCACCUCUUCUUAAGGACAACUGCGCCCACAUUGUUCCAAAUUUACAGAAACACUAA